AUGGACCAGAUAGACAGAUCCAUUGAACCAGGGGAGGAUACAAUCCGUAUUCUCUUGACCACGGAUAAUCAUGUGGGAUACAAGGAGAACGAUCCGAUUCGAACGGACGACUCGUGGAAGACAUUCAAUGAGAUUGUCGUGACUGCAAAGGAGCAAGAUGUGGAUAUGAUUGUGCAUGGAGGAGAUUUGUUCGAUGUGAAUAAGCCAUCCAAAAAGUCUAUGUACAGAGUGAUGGAAUCCUUGCGUUCCCAUUGUUUAGGUGACAGGCCUUGUGAGUUAGAGCUUUUGAGCGAUUUCAAUUCUUUGUCUGGAGACUUGUUUCCGGUCAACUACGAAGACCCUAAUAUCAACGUAUCGAUACCUGUAUUUGCCAUUAGCGGGAACCACGAUGAUGCUACUGGCUCGAGCCUUUUGCUGCCAAUGGAUGUUCUCGCUGUGUCGGGUUUAGUGAACAACUUUGGUAAAGUGACACUGGCUAGUGAAAUUAACGUUGCACCCAUACUACUACAAAAGGGCACCACCAAGUUUGCAUUAUAUGGAAUGAGCCAUGUAAAAGACGAACGCUUGUUCAGGUUGUUUAGAGAGGGGAACGUCAAAUUCUUGAGGCCCAACAUGUACACGGAAGAAUGGUUCAACUUACUCUGUGUCCACCAAAAUCACCACCCAUAUACCUCACAGAAAUCAUAUUUACCCGAACUGGUACUACCUGAUUUCAUUGACUUCAUAUAUUGGGGCCAUGAACACGAGUGUCUUCCAGAGCCACAACUUAAUCCCAUCAAGAACUUCCAUACACUUCUCCCGGGCUCUUCAAUCGUCACCUCGUUAAUUGAUGGAGAAUCCAACCCUAAACAUGUUUUCAUAUUAAACGUCAAGGGCAAAAAAUUCAAUCUUGAAGCCAUUCCUUUGAAAACAGCCCGUCCAUUUUUAAUCGAAGCAAUAUCCUUGGCUGAAGAAGGGUUUGAUCCUAGCCCAGUCUUAACCAACGAUGUCACCAACUUUUUAUGCCACAAAGUUGAAGAAUUGAUUGAAAAGGCUCUUGAAAAGUAUGUUCAAACCAACACAAAUCUGUCUAUGGAUACUGAGGAAGCUGAACAGUUCAAGAAAGAUGCACCUUUGCCAUUGAUACGGUUGAAGGUCGAUGUCACAGGGGGAUUUCAAGUGGAAAACCUCCAAAGACUCUCACGCAGGUUUGUCGGUAAGGUCGCCAACGUGGAUGAUAUCUUCACCAUUCAUCAGAAGAACACGUCUGCAAGAGUAAAGAAUACAGACGGACCUAAAGCGGAUAUCACGUUCAACAAAUCAAGCACACUAACAAUUAACUCUUUGAUAAGCAAUUUUGUUGAGGAAUCCACAUUACAUCUUCUCCCCGGACAGGGAAUCAAUAAUGCAGUAAAAGAGUUUAUCGACAAGGAUGACAAGAAUGCUAUUAAUGAAUAUAUCAAGAAAGAAAUCAAGCGUGAGACAAAAAUUCUU